CGUGAAAAGAUUGGUGGUUCAGGGCUUGGGAGCUAGAAAUAGAGUGAACUGGGUUCCUUGUGCAGGGUUUCAUUUACGUGAGCUGGAUGAAUCUGUGAAAUCUUUGAAACUGUACCCGAAACAGCGAUGUCUCAAUAGUUAAAAAGAUCUUUACAAGACUAAAAUAUAAAGUAUCAAAGAACCUAGAAUUCGAAAGGAGACAUUGUCAAAAAAUAUGUACAGUGGAAGCCCCAGCCCACGUGGCCAGACUGCUAACUAUGAGGAAAUCCAUAAGCCUGGAGAAAACAUUCUUGAACCAAUUCAGGCUGAUGAUGAAUCAGAGUCGACAGAUGAUGAUAAGGUGUACGAAAUAAAUUUAAACAUUAUUCCAGUUUUUAUACUAGAAGUCCUUGUACUUGGAGGUAUAACUGCUUUGGCCUAUUUUCUCAGAUUUGAAUCAUCAUUCCCGGUUCUUCUUCGUGGAUUUGUUUGCAAUGAUGAAGCCAUUGUUUAUCCAAAGAGUGUACUUUCACAGAAUUCGACUGUAACUUUAGAGAUUUCUCCUACUUUUUUGUAUGCUGUUUCUUUAGCUUUGCCUGUGACAUUGUUGCUUCUGGGAGAGCUAGGCUACUUCAUCUUCUCCAGCAAGGCACGUAAGGUUAUUCGACCAGGCUGUGUGGGAUGUAAAAUGCACAUGGUUUUUCGAAGACUCAUUCGAUUCACUGGAACGUUCUUCUUUGGAUAUUUAUGUACAAGUAUCCUGACAGAUGCAUUAAAACUAACCACUGGUCAAUUGAGACCUCACUUUUUAGAGGUGUGUAAUCCUUCCUCGUGUCCGCCUGGUCAGUUCAUUUCUGUGGACAUUUGUCGCGCCCCACAACAGGAACUCAGAUUGGCAAGGAUGUCAUUUCCGUCUUUCUAUGCUUCGAUAUCUUCCUACUCAGCAGUUUUUAUAAUGGUGUAUCUACACACUAUUGUUGCUCUGCGUACGUCCCGCCUUCUCCGCCCAACCCUGGUGUUAUCGAUAGCAGGACUUUCGUUAUUGUGUGGUGUGUCACGUGUUUCUCUCCAUGAAAACCACUGGGGAGAUGUCACAGCAGGAUUUCUUCUAGGCGGUGCUGUUGGUGGUUAUAUUAGUGUCAUAUCUUUGGAGUGUUUUCGUGAACACCACCAAGUGAAGCAGAGGAAAUGCUGUAACUACAAGGGGAGAUUUGCAUUUCAACCUGGACCGACACAGCGCCCCCUAUUCUACCGAUACUUUCGAAUUCCCCAUGUUACCUACAAGAACAAGCAAGGUAAGUAUUUUCCAGCAAGCGAACGAGAGAGCCUGGACUAUUCCCCUGGAGGAGCUCUUCGAAACGAGGCAUUUCAAAAAGACUUGCAUCAACGUGUAGAAAAUUAUGGCAAAAGACACAAAGAAAAAACGGAGAGUUAAGAUACACAAUGAGUCAACGUGUUUAUGUUACUUCAAAUCAUUUUAUUUGUUGUAAACUCUGUGACGUAUGUCGCCAGACAUUUGCAUGCUUUAUAAGGUGUUUAAAUUACUAGAUAUUUGUGGUAUUUGUUGUGAAAAACAUUUGAUACAAGGAGCGUGAAGAUUAUGUUCAAUGCCGUUGCUUUUAAACCAAACUUCGAUUUUAGACGAUAUUGAACAAUUUACUUCUUGGUUCAGAACUUAGAUUAAUUACACAGAUGCGCAGUGAAAGUUCCCACAGUUAUGGAUGAAAAUCUAUAAUUACGUUAUCUGGGUUUUCUCUAUACAUUACUAUACGAAUACCUUCAUUUUACUCUAGCAGCUUCACCAUGUCAUUAUAGAACACGUUAUGGAUACUAGUAUCAGAACCAGACUUCUGUUUGAAAUUCACUAUUGGGCCUUUCACCUUCAAAACCAAACCGUAAUUGUUCUUUCAGUUUCUUGGGUUCACACAAACCCUGAUUCUGGUUUAAAACUAUAUCAUUUCUUAAUGCAAAAAUAUCAAGCGGAAUAAUUAGAAUAAUAAUAAUGAGGUGAAUAGAGUAGGGGAGUCCGUGGGUGGUUGACCACGGGGGGCAGGUUGACACGAUGCCGAUAACUUUCGUAUGCUGAAGCUGGUGGUAGCUGUGAUAGCAUGACCACUAACACAUCCGAACACGCGUCACUUACUGUUAUAGUUUCAUUGUGAUCAGAAGCCUCUGUUGUGUGCAGGAAUAAAAAUGAUAUUUUUCACAUACGUAAGUAAAUAUUUUCGACUGCAACGAUUUUACUAAGUUAUAUUAAAUACUUCGUUAGGAGAAUUUAAAGAAAAAAGUUACAUAAUAUGUGAAAGUACAUUCUUUUGGCUAUUUAAUGAUACAUACUCGUGUUUUAUAACUAUGACUGGGACGGCACAUACAAGUCAUUUCUAGCAAAAUGGCUGUUUUGGGCAUGUUGAUACAUUUCACUUAGAGCAAGUUGACACGCGUGUCUACCAGCCCGACAAUGAGGAAUUUGCAUGCAUUUUUUAUACUCUUAAAAUAAAGAUAGAUAUAACACAAAAAAUUUAAAUACGUUUUGAAUAAUUUUAAUUAAGGCUUAAAUGUUGAAAAAAUUAACUAAAACGUUUGCAAGUUUCUCAGUAAGUUGCUUCCUUUCCAUUAUUUUCUUGUGAUAUAUUUUUUUUUCUCAAAAUUUUUAAUUUUAAUUUCAAGAAACAUUUAAUAUGUUUUUUUAUUUCAUUUACUAAAAAGUGCAAUAAAAAUUGAUAAAAAUAAAGUGUGUUUGAUUAAAUUUCAUCCGUGUCAACUUACCACAAAGAGUGUGUCAACUUGCCCCGUACUCGAGGUAGAGUGACACAUAGUGAGUACUGUUCUAUUAUGUUCAUGUCUGAGAAAAUUAGAGAACAGGUAAGUGACUUGUUUUUGCUUUGUAAUAGAAGAAAGUGUCUAGUUUACGUUGGUAUCGAAAUUUCUUAUCUUCAAGUUC